UCGAAGCUCUCGAGGGCACGAGGGCUCCUACACUUUUCCAUGCUCACACAGUCCGCUGUUAAAAUUCGCGUUUAGAUCUGCUUUUGGUGGCAUUGUUAUGUUCAUUUAUUUCUGCUGCUUUGGGUAUUAUCUGAGAUCAGAUUAUUUGCUGGUUGUCGGGUUGUCGAGGAGGAGGAAAGGACAGAGCUGGGUGCAAGACGCGCACAGUAGUACGUGGCAAACCCAUGCGUAAUGCUAAACAAAAUACUUCAAACUGGACUCAAUUUUAGGUGAAAACUCUACCAGUACAGGGAUGACCUGGUAAGGUAUGUGGAAUAUAAUGAAAUCUAAGUCAUAGUUCCAUCAACCGACAGUGAGAGGCAGCAAUGCGCUGAAAAGCUCUCCUAUCAGCAGGAGAAGAGGAAAGGCGCGCGCUGCCUCGACACCUCAGUGUACCAGUCUUCUUCCGGCUGUCAUUCAAUGGCAAUGCCUGUUGCCAAACGCGCCCGCAGACAAGACGUGACCCUGGAACUCAGAUGCGAGUGGGGUGCCUGUCAAGAGACCUUUUGUAACAUGCGUGACUUUUGUAUUCACGUCGAGGAGCACCAUCAAGAGUUGACACGCUUUACCACUACCGGGGAAUUUGAAGCCGAGGACCGGCUGUCGUGCCAGUGGCGUGACUGUGGCAUCAUGGCUGACAGCGGCGAGGAGCUGAAGCGGCAUGCCUUGUUCCACUGCCACCACACCAAGCUGAAGCAGUGGGGGGAGGCGGCUCUGAAGACCCAGCCCGACCUCGGGGCCUGUAUUGUGGGCAGCCACAACCGCAACAUCCUGCCCCCUACUCCCGGCCACGGCCACCUCACCUGCCUUUGGGAGCACUGUGGGAUGACCUUGGACAAUCCAGAGCUGUACUAUCGCCAUGUGGACAAUCACGCCCAGGCUGUCAACGUCUCGUCUACAGAGAAACAAGCCAAAGUGUUUCAGUGCGGAUGGACUGAUUGCAAAUUUGUCACCAGGAAUGGACUGUUCAAACUGUGUGAGCACCUCCGCAGCCACACUCGGGAGAAGAUUGCAGCGUGUCCACGCUGUGGUGGCAUGUUUGCCAACAACACCAAGCUGUUCGAUCACAUCCGAAGCCAGACCGCCACUGAGGAUCUGAGGUUCAAAUGUGCACACUGCCAAAGGCGCUAUGCCUCCGAAAAAUUCCUGAGAAAGCACUUGGUAAUCCAUGUGCGCGCACACAGAUGUACAAUGUGUGAAAUGACCUGUCCGACCCCCUCUGCUCUCAGAAAUCACAUGAGAUUUCGACACAGCACUGAAAGACCACACCGCUGUGGCAUAUGCCCAUACAGCUGUGUGAAUUUGAACGACCUCCAGAAGCACCUGGACACACACAACCAGGAGCCGAUCUACGAGUGUCACCACGACAACUGUGAUUUCGCCGCUCGUGCCAUGGACGCCCUCACACGUCAUUACAAAAAGGCACAUUUGAAGCAGCAGUCUCCAUGGUACCAGUGCCAUUUAUGUGAGCAGUCCUUCACCAGGGGAAACAACCUCACUAUACACCUGGAAAAGAAGCACCAGUUGAAAUCGCACAGCAGACUCAAGUACAUGUUGCAUCCCGAUGGCUUCAUGCGACUGCUGAUGAACCCCACUGACACUGCAGGGCUGACCAGGCAGUCAUGUGAAGCUGAAGGACGUGACUCUGACCAACCAGCAGCACUUGGAAGUUUGUCCUCCUCAAAUCUCCGAAAAAGGGGCCAAAAAAGGAAAUUGGACGACGUUGAAGGAGGUAGCGGUAGCGCACAUCAGUACCCCCAGGAUGAAGAUUCCCAACCGGGAUUGUAUGGGCAUCAGUCUAUUAUAACGCACAAUGCAAAUGACGGCAGACGUGAGGAGUUGGGUACUGUGGUGGUCCAACCAGUGGACUACGCUAUGAAGGAGUAUGUGGAGGGGGUGAGCCAUAGUCUGAUGCUGGAGGACUCUGAUGUGUACCAGCUCGCUUGCGAAGACGAGGACUCGUUGGGACGGUUGUGCAUCGUGGUGCCCGUUCAGUGCGAUGAAUCUCUAGAAUCUCUUUUGAUGGGUUGAACUUGAACCAGUGAACUAACUGGGCUGCGUUUCCCAAGAACUCUUACGUAGUACUUCAGCCUGAGUAGUGCAUAAGUAUGAGGUGUCCACCAGGCAAUAUAUAUCAGACCUGCAGUAAUGGUUAUCAUUAAGAGUUUGCACAUACAGUA